UGCAUCGAUUGCACUGAGAUCUCCAGCCACUUGAACCACCUUCUGCAACAUGUUCUAGGGCCAGAUUCAUAUGCUGGCUUCCCCUUCCUGUCCUGAAAUCUCACAUCUCACUGCAACCCUCAUUCUGACACUCACACCUUCUCCGUCCCAGGCAGGUGUCCUCAUGCACCCGACUUUUCUCAUUGGAGUUGGAAUUCACUAGCCAUCCUAACCGGGCAUCGGCUGUUCCAGUGCGCUGUUCCCAGCCGCCCCACCCCAGAGGCAGAUGCAACUCAGCUCCAGGUCUGUCCCAGCCCAAACCACAGACAUGGGCAGAGCCCUGCCACCACAGCAGGAUGCAAGGGAAUGGGAGCUCUGGGCUCAGGGCCCCCCCUGGAGAACAGAGGGUCCUGCCCCCCAUGCAGCCACUCUGAGGGUCCUGAUCCUCGCCCUGCUCUGGAGGGGAUCCCUGGCCCAACAGCCUCGAUUUACCCUGACAGUGCCACAGUCGGUGUCAGUGCAGGAGGGUCUCUGCGUUCUCGUCCCCUGCACCUUCAUGUACCCAACCUGGUACAACACCAACAAUCCCUGGUCCCAGCUCUACAGAUACUGGUACAAGGAUCAGGCUAACGUGGGCUCUGAUCUGCUCGUGGCCAGCACUGACCCCAGCCAGGAAGUAUCACAGGAGACCCAGGGUCGGUUCCAGCUGGCAGAGAAUCCAGCGCAAGGAGACUGCUCCCUGCAAAUCAGCGACGCCCGAAGGACGGAUGCAGGGAAAUAUUUCUUUAGAUUCGAGAAAGGGACAUUGAAAUACAGUUACCGCUCCAAUUCCUAUCCCACUCAUCCUACACUAGAUAUCUCGGUGCCAGGGCUGACGGAAGAGCCAGAGAUCCAGAUCUCGCCAGCACGGGGGCUGCCAGGGACGCUGCUGGCCAGGAAGCCAGUGACUAUGACCUGCACGGCCCCUGGGCGCUGCUCCGGACCCCCUCCCCGAGUCACCUGGACGGGGCCGUUCAGCAACACAGCUCGGGACAUCUCAGUCCAGCUGGCCAACGGCACCUGGACCCACAGCUCGGCGCUCAGCUUCACACCUGGCCCGGGGGACCAUGGCAAAGAGCUUGUCUGCACCGUCACCUACAGGCCACCACAGGGACCUUCCACCCGCAGAACCGUUCAGCUCCAUGUCAGCUAUCCACCCGGGACCCCCAACAUCACCGGGACCCUGACCAGGAACGGACGCCCCGUGCUGGAAGUGUCGGGAGCUGAGGACGACGUCGUGUCUCUGGAGACCUGGGAAGGCGACUCCCUAAGUCUGGGCUGUGAGGCUGGGAGCAGACCCGAGGCCACUCUGAGCUGGGCCAAGGGGAAUGAGUCCCUGAGCCCCAGCCAGGGACGGGCUGGGCAUCUGGAGCUGCCGAAUCUCAGCAGAGGGGACGCUGGGGAGUAUUGGUGCUGGGCAAAGAAUCCCUUUGGGUCGGCCAGCCGGGCCCUGCGUGUGCACGUGCAGUCCCCAGCGAGGAUGCUGCAAAUCACCGUCUCCAGAGCUAACAGGAGCGACCCCCAGUUAUUCCAAGAUCCCGGCGCCCUGGUGGCAAACGGGUCACAGCUCAUGGCUCGGGAGGGCGACUCCCUGCGCUUCCUCUGCUCUGUCGCCAGCAGCCCCCCUGCUGCACUGGGCUGGGUGAGGGGGGGCCAAGCCAUCGAGGGCACCCACCCCGUGGGAGAGAAUCAGCUGCAGCUGGAGCUGCCCAACGUGACGGCCGAGGAAGGGGGGCUGUACGGGUGCUGGGCCCAGAACAAGGAGAGCUCUGCCCAGGGGACGUUCCAGCUGCUCGUCGAGUACAGCCCCAGGCCGGCGACUGGGCUGAACUCGUUCUGCCAGCGCCAGGGGCCCAGCGUCAGCUGCAGCUGCUCCCUGCGCUCCCAGCCCCCGCCCCAGCUCCAGUGGCAGGUGGAUGGGGAGCCCCUGGCUGGGAACGGCUCAAAGGGGGCCCUUCAGGUCAGCUCCUGGGCCCAGGGGGAUGAGGCCGUCAGCAUCCUGAACUGGACGGGGAGCGGGGAAGGGGGCCCCCGGAUCUUCUGCCUUGGCUACAACCGGCACGGGACCUAUGCCGCCCUGCACUUUGACUUCAGCCCCCCACAGACAGGUGCAGAGGAGCCCGUCAAGCUGCUGGGUGUCGGGGUGGCCUGUGGGCUGGGGGUUGCCAUCGGCUUCUUCCUUCUUGGGCUCUGUGUGAUCAUGCUGCGGGGCCGGGAGCCGGAGCCCCCCAGAGCUGAGGCAGGGGAGAUGGCUAACGGGAGCCAGGCCGAGCACACGGCCAACAACGCCAGCCUGAUCUACAGUAACGUCACCACCAUCCCCAUGGAUCACAAGACUCCAGACAAAGGCAUCCAGGACGGGGCUGCAGCAGCCCAGGCCCCGCUAGGCCCCGGAGAACCAGAUGAGCUGCACUACGCCACCAUUGACUUCUCCAAGCUGCAGCACAAACGGGGGGAGCCUGCGGAGGUCCCCGCCACGGAAUAUUCCGAGGUCCGGCUGAAAUAGCCCCCUCAUGCCAUGGGCCCAGGCUGGGUGUCUCUGGCCUGUCCAGUGCGGGAGGGGGUCAAAGUGAGAGGGAAAGGCGGCAAGGGGUCAGCCCCGAGUUGGAAACCUGGGUGCAAAUCCCUGCUCCGCCCCAGACUCAGGGCAGAGUCAACUAGGCCUUGAAGAGGCUGGAGCGCUGCAUCGUGGGGUGGUAUCCCAGAGUCCCCUGCAGCCGGGUCCCAAAGCCUGCCCCCUCCCAAAUGCCACUGCCCCUGGGGGAAAGAGCCUCUCACCCCCCAGCCUCAAAGAGUCUCUCUUCUACCCUGCCUGAGCCCUCACCCACUCGCUUCACAGAUGGGCAAGAUGGUCACGCUCAGGGGCAGCAGCUGGCAGGAGCUGGGGUGACCAGACAGCAAGUGUGAAAAAUCAGGACAGGGGGUGGGGGUAAUAGGAGCCUAUUCAGUGUCUCCUCACUUAACAUCCUCCCCCUCACCGUUGUUUCCAAGUUAGGUCGCUGCUCCCUUAGGGAACGUGCUCCUGUAAAGCUGUGUGCGCCACGCUCCCUUCUAACGGGGUUUGGGGGACUUUACGAGUUCCUCUUCUCCGCCUCCCCCCCUUCCUCCCUCCCUCCCAGCACUUCUCCUUUAAAGCCGGUGGGAGAGAAGCGGCCGUUUGAAGGGGAAGUGCCACUUCUCUCCGGCCACUGGCUGCGCAGCUGCCCCUGCUCCGCCAUGGGCCAGAGGACUCAGGGCCACUUUCCAAAAGGGACUUCAGAGCUGCAGGCCAGGGCCCCCUUAGCCCAGGGACUUGCAGCCCCUAAAGCCCCUGCAUUCCAAGUGCCCUGCCUGCUGGGGGGGUGGAUCCCAGAAUCAUGGCCAUGGGGGCGGCGCUGCGCUGCACAGAGCCACCUGCACACCCCCUGCACCAAACAGCAGCUGCCCCAGGUAAGUGCUCGGC